AUGUCUUCUGGAGACCGCUCCCUCCAGCCGCCAGCGGACGGCAUCGCCGCCGUCGCGUGGUCGGCGGACAGCAGCUCGCUCCUCGUCGCGUCCUGGGACUCGACGAUCCAACUGCACAGGGUAUCAGGAUCGCAAGCUCCUCCGCAGAUCUUCUCCCACCCCCGCCCCGUGCUCGCGGCCACCUUUGACGCGACCCCCAACACGGCCUACUCUGGCGGCCUCGACCGGCGCGUGCGGCAAUGGGACUUUAGCACGGGCGACAACCGCGUGCUGGGCACGCACGACGACAGCGUGUCGUCGCUGGUGUGGAUCCCAGAGCAGAACAUCCUCGUCUCCGGCUCGUGGGACAAGACGCUCAAGAUCUGGGACCCGUCCGCCGAAGAGCCGCUGCGCGCGACCGCUGCCCUCCCGGAGCGCGUGUACAACCUGUCCUAUGCGCCCGCGACUGGCAGGCUGCUGGUGUCGAUGGCGCACCGCCACGUGAGCGUGUACACUGCGGCCGAGCUUGGCGCCGCCGCGCGCGAGGGCCGCGAGCCCAAGCCCGAGAGCACGCGCGAGAGCGCGCUCAAGAUGCUCACGCGGACGGUCGCGUGCAUGGCCGAUGGAAAGGGCUGGGCAUCAGGCUCGAUCGAGGGCCGUAUCGCCGUCGAGUACUUUGACCCCGACCCGGCGGCCCAGGCGGCAAAGUAUGCGUUCCGCGCACACCGCGCGACGGUCGACGGCGUGGAGCAGGUGUACCCCAUCAACGCGCUGGCGUACCACCCUGUCCACAACACAUUCGCGUCCGGCGGCUCAGACGGCGUCCUCUCCAUCUGGGACCACAACGCCAAGAAGCGCAUGCGCCUGUACCCCAAGUACCCCACGGCCAUCUCUGCGCUCGCCUUCUCGCCCGACGGCUCAACGCUCGCCAUUGGCGUCAGCUACGAGCACGACAAUGCCGUCGCGAGCCCAGAAGAGCAGGCACGGGUGCUGCUCCUCCUCAAGGAGACGGUGCAGGAGGACUGCAAGCCCAAGGCCCGCGCAUGA